AUGGAGGGCGAUGUAGAUGGGAUCAUGGAGAGACCAGAUGGAAACAGCGAGGAAGCAAAGCGCGCGCGCGAGAAAUGGGACGCGUGGAAACAACAGAACGGGCUCUCGAGAACCGAAGCGAAGCGGCGAUACAUUACUACGCUGAUCGACACAAUGCACAAGUUCGUCUCGCCGUCACCCGACUCAAGAGAACUCGUUGCUGAGCUGGAGUUUGUGUGGGACCAGGUCAAGUCCAAUGUGCCCUCCUCGUCGUCCUCAUCGCCCCUGCAGAGCCAGACACUAGGGUCUAUGGGCAUGCACAUUCCGCCAGACUAUCAGGGGUACGCAAGCAGAAGAGGCGACAAAGGAAAGGCCCGAGCCGUGGGACUGGGCAACCAGCAGGAUGAGGACGACGAAGGCCCAUUGCAGAUCAAGAGCCCCAUGAGCCAGAGCGAGGAAGACCUGGAAGACGAAGAAGCAGAGGCCGAGCGCGAAGAAGAGUUCGUGGAUGCGCCGGACUCGCAGUACAAUGCCAACUCGGAAGACGCCGCCGUGCAGACCAACCUCAGGCCCCAAGAGCCUAUUCCAUAUACACCCUCGAAGCCUCCCCAACAGCGGAGCUUCAUGUCGCGACUCACUCCUGCCAUCACACCCGCGCCUGCGCAGCCGUCACGCGAAUCCGCCGCAGACAAGAAGUGGCGGGCACGCGUGGAGCAGGCCCUCGUCAAGAUGACAGCCGAGGUCGCUGCGCUGCGGGAACAGCUCGAGUCAAGACAGCUGUUCAGUCAUUCCCGGAAGUUCCUCUUCCUGAGGUUCAUCUGGAGAAUCGUAUGGGGAAGCGUGAAGCACAUCGCCAUCGACAUUGUUAUCCUAGGCCUAGUCCUGCUGUGGAUGAGAAGGAACAAAGACAGGAGGCUGGAAGGCGCAAUACGUGUGUUGCUGGGCGACGCCGUUGCACAGGUCCAGAAGGUUGGCGGAGCACAGUUGGGCAAAGUCAAGCUGCCUAAUCUGGUGGGAAAGAAAGGCGGGAGCAGUUAA